UGUUUGUGGGAUUGUUUCUGACCAUGUUUCAGGACGAGAGUAUCGCCGUGUGAGAUCUCUUUUAGAGAGAUCAUCCUUAGGUGUAGGAAUGGACGAGCAGAAGUCAAACUGCGAAGAAAAUGAUUCAGAAAAAGCAGCUGAUGACAAUGGCUCUUCAAAGACUGUCCUAUCUCAGGAGGAAUCAAAAGCCCCUCUUGCUGCAGAGGACAUCUCAGGCACUACUGUGGACCCUUCCAACUCACCAUCGGAACUCAUCAGAGCCUGUGCGCUUUGUAACUGCGUGGAGAGAAGUCUUCAUGGACAGCGGGAGCUCCGGUGUUUUGGACCUUACUCCCCUCCAGAGUCCUCUACCUCCUCACCACCACUGGCUGGAAAUGAUGACCUGUCUUCCAUUGGCUUCUCCGAACCCGUCAGUCCCGCGGCUCUCUUUGAUGAGAAAGGGAACUGUUGGGUGCAUCACUGGUGCGCCGUCUGGUCAGAGGGAGUGCAACAGGGUGAAGGUGAAGAGCUGACACAUGUCGAUAAGGCAGUCCUCUCAGGGAUAAAGCAGCCGUGCGAUUAUUGUAAAAGGAUGGGUGCCACCAUCAGAUGCCGUGCUCCAGGCUGCUCACGGUUCUACCACUUCCCUUGUUCGGCUGCGAGUGGAUCCUUCCAGUCCAUGAAGCAGCUGGCGCUCCUGUGUCCCGAGCACAUAGACAAGGCGGAGGAGAUCGCUGGCGAGGAGGCGGGCUGUGCGGUGUGCGAUUCAGCAGGAGAGCUGCUCGGGUUGCUGUACUGCACAGGCUGUGGGCAACACUACCACGAUGCCUGUCUAGAGAUCAGCGCCACACCACUCCAACGCUCUGGCUGGCAGUGUCCAGAGUGCAAGGUGUGCCAAACCUGCAGACAACCGGGGGAAGAUUCCAAGAUGCUGGUCUGUGACGCAUGUGACAAAGGCUAUCACACGUUUUGUCUGCAGCCAGCUAUGGACUCCGUACCCCCAGACUCGUGGAAGUGCAGACGAUGUUGCGUGUGUACUUACUGUGGGGCACGAGGACUUACCCUUCCUGCCACUGAGCAGUGGUUUGAGAGUUAUUUGGUGUGUGGCAGCUGUCAGCAACAGCGCAUGACAGUCUGUGGUGUGUGCAGUAAGGUCGCCGAGUCAUCAGUCCCUCUACAACACCGCUGUAACGUUUGCCAUAGAUGGGUACACAGUGAGUGUGCAUCUGUCUCAGAGGCUCCAGAAGAAAAAUGCAUUUGCACAAUAUGCAGAGAAACGCCUGCCAUGGUCUCCGAGACAGAAAAAUCUUCUACACAGAUAGAGGAGAAAAUGGAAUUGGACACAGAAGCUGAGGUGCAUAAAACAGAAAAAUCAGACAAAAGCAUUAAGGAAGAGGGAUCACAGCAAGUGACGUCCAGGGUUCCUGCCGAUUCACAUCUGGAUAGCGGUGACUCUAAAGAGGAGGAGGCCUCUAUAGCUGAGGUUACAGGUGAUGCUGUUGGAGUCAGAGAAGCUUGCAGUGAGCCUGUUGCUGAUGGUGCUGUUAGUACAGAAGGAAAACUUAAGGACACUCAGGUCUCGAUGCACAGCCCUGCUACCCCAGUCACAAACUCUACAGUGGAGGAUGAACGUAAUGUAGCAACAGGGUGUGUUCAGCUUCAAAAGGAAGCCAGCUGCGAGGAGGUAAAGGACCUGUCUAGCAAUGUAGAUGUUGCAGUACCAGAGCCUCCUCCAGAUUCCUCCUCUUCUCAGAGCCUAUCCCCUGCUGGGCCGGAACAGGCCGAGCCUGUUGAAAUGGACACAGCAGAGGCGGGGUCGGAAGGGCAGAAUGAGGAGGUGACAGAUAGGACUUCUCCAACCGUUCCUCAGAUGGAAAUACCCUCAGCAUCAGACACAGAUGAGCGAGUAGGUCAGUCGGAGGAUGAUGACGACGAGGAGGACGAUCCCGGUGUGGAGGCGUUGUUCGAUUCGGCUCACUGUAGACACGAUGAGACGUCCAACAUGAGCCAUGGUGACGAGAGCAGCAGCGGCUUCCUCGGCUCACCUGGAGAGCCCGACUCCCAGAUGCUCUCCAUGGAUCUGGGUGUUGUGCCAGCCUGCAGGCCGCGCUCUGAUUCUCUGCUCACGGAGACGGAUGAUUCUUUACCCUUCGACUCUCUCAAGUGUGAUGGAGAGAAGUUAAAGCGGAGAGGAUCGCCAGGUCGCUCCAGAGUAAAACAGCAUGGAAGGGGAGGUGGUUUCCCAGGAAAGCGGCGGCCAAGAGGUGGGGGAACUGGAAGAGGACGAGGAAGAUCACACCUUAAAGCUAUGGCCUCUUGCAUUGAUGCGUUCAUUCAAACCCUGAAUGCGGACACUGGACUAAAUAAGGAAGACGAUGACGAGGAGGACGACACGAUGCAGAAUACAGUGGUGCUCUUUUCCAACACGGAUAAAUUUGUCCUGCUGCAGGACAUGUGUGUAGUAUGUGGCAGUUUUGGGCGCGGUGCCGAGGGCCAGCUGCUAGCUUGUGCGCAGUGUUCGCAGUGUUACCACCCGUACUGCGUAAACAGCAAGAUCACCAAGAUGAUGCUGAGAAAAGGCUGGCGCUGUCUCGAGUGUAUCGUGUGUGAGGUGUGCGGUAAAGCCUCCGAUCCUUCCCGGCUGCUGCUGUGUGACGACUGUGAUGUCAGCUAUCACACCUACUGCUUGGAUCCAGCUUUACACACUGUACCCAAGGGAGGCUGGAAGUGCAAAUGGUGUGUGUGCUGCAUGCACUGUGGCUCCAGCUCACCAGGGUUUCACUGCGAGUGGCAGAACAACUACAACCACUGUGGCCCCUGUGCCAGUCUGGUAACGUGCCCCGUGUGCCAUGAGAACUUCAUGGAGGAAGAGCUGCUCCUGCAAUGCCAGCACUGUGACAGAUGGGUUCAUGCUGUAUGUGAAAGUUUGUAUACUGAGGAUGAGGUUGAACAAGCUUCAGAUGAGGGCUUCGCAUGUACAGCUUGUACUCCAUUUGUUCCCAGACCUGUUGUUGAGUCGCCAAUGAUGUCAGUUUUCAAAAUGAAAGAACCUGAGCCGCAGUUCUACCGUCUGGAAGGUGUCUGGCUGACUGAGACGGGAAUGUCCUUACUGCGCAGCAUUUCCAUGUCCCCUCUGCAUAAACGCAGACAGCGCCGCUCCAGACUGGGUACCUGCCUCGAUGAAGUUCAUGAUGGUCUGGAGAUGAAAGAGGGGGAGGGUGAUGGAGACGAGGGAAAAGGCUGUGCUGAGUUAAUGGACUGUGAAACAAAACUGGAUGCUCCUGGAAGCCCCGAUAGAGAUGGUGGAGUGGACAAAGAUCCGUUAGCAGAUGGAGGUCCAGAGGGGUCGGCUGACUGUGACAAAGGGGUUGAGGAAACAGAUGAUGGGAAAAAAAGAAAGCGAAAACCAUACAGACCAGGAAUCGGAGGGUUUAUGGUUCGGCAGAGGAAAUGUCACACGCGGAUAAGAAAGAGUUUGUCCGGGUCUGGUGAUGUGGUUGACGGACAGUCAGCAGAGAUGAAACUUGAGGAAGGCUCUCAUCCUGACAACGAUCCUGCUGAAGUGAGGGUCACAGAAGGAGACGGGGAACAAGCCAAAAAGCGCAGAGGACGAAAGAAAAGCAAACUGGAAGACAUGUUUCCUGCAUACCUGCAGGAAGCCUUCUUUGGGAAGACCUUGCUUGACUUCAGUAAAAGGGUUUUUUUAGCCCCUCCAGCUCAGAGACCUUCUCAGGGCAUUAUGAGACCCCCGUUACCUGCUCCUGGAGCUAAACCUACAGCUCCGGAGUCAGGUGAGGUCGGCAAUCAAGCACCAGAAGGAUCUGUGCUGCUUAAACAAGAGUCCGAUGGCCCAAAGUCUCAAGGCGACAAAAAUCCAAUGGCAGGAGCAGGUUUUCCACAGGGAACAGGUAAUCAAGACAUCGAGCAGUGUUUCCAUAAGGUACCUGGACCCUCAGACUUGACAGAAACGAAUAUAACGCCUUUUCAAGAAGGAGAGCUUAAUCGCCCUGGCUUACCCCAAAGAAACCUGGCUGGUGGUUCUGGAUCAUCUGCCCCUACAGAGCCGUUUCAAGGACUUUCCCAGUCGCCAUUUUUUGACAUGCUUCCUGAACAGGAUGAUGAAAGCCCCUGGGCAACACCUUCUACUCCAGCCACUCCCACCACUCCUCCAACUCCAACUGAACCAGAUGGCGACGGCCUGACUUACAAUCAGAGGAGUUUGCAGCGAUGGGAAAAAGACGAGGAACUUAGAAAUCUGUCCACCAUUUCUCCUGUGCUCUAUGCUAAUGUCAAUUUCCCUAAUCUGAAGCAAGAUCACCCUGAUUGGGCCAGUCGCUGCAAACAGAUAAUGAAGAUUUGGAGGAAAGUAUCAGCUUCAGAUAAGAUUCCCUUUUUGCAAAAGGCGAAAGAUAACAGAGCAGCUCAGCGAAUCAGCAAGGCCCAGAAGCAAGCAGAAAGUCAGGUGUUAAGACCUGUUAAAACGGAGACAAUUCGGAUAAAGGCAGAGCGUCCUAGUUUGCACCUUCAAAUUCCACUGCCCUCCGGAUCGCUGUCCACUCCCUCGCAACCAAGUUCUGCUGAGAGUCCCUUUCCCUUUACCCCAGAAACCGCAUCUUCAGUCUUUUCUCCAGAUGGACCUCUGAGGGCUUCAGGCUCAUCAGAUGUUCACACAAACCCUUUCUCCAAGCCUCCAUCUCAGUCCCCGCAUACUCAAUCUCAGCCAUCAACUCCUUACUCGCAGCCUUCCUCCAGUCCCCUGCAAGCUUCUUCAGGUUACCCUUUACCUGGCCCACAGGGUACCCCUCAGGGACGGCCAACCAGUCUUGGCUCACUUGAUAUGCAGCCUGGUACUCCUCGCAGGGCUCAGCAGGUUGACCCAUUUUUUAAACCUCAACAGCAGAUGUUUCCACUCCAAUCCCAACAGUCCUCUCAGGAACCUGUAGGCCUACCCGAGAGUCCUCGACCCAAGACCGGAGACUCUCCUUUGUUUUCCCCGCCCCACACUCCCCAUGGAGACGCCUAUCGGAGCCACCAAGGAAUACUCAGACAAGAGUAUGCGUCAUCUCCAUCUCCCUCUGCGAUCGCUUCUUCACCGGGAGCAAUGAUGCAAAACAGGGCAGAGAUGAGCGCCCCUUCUCCACGAGCCUCUACUAGCCGGCAAGACCUAGGAAUCAGUUCCCCAGCAGGUAUUAUGGACUAUGGAGAAGGCUUGUUCAAAGCUCCUAUGACACCUCGGACACAUCAGGGAGAUUCCGGAGGCUCAUGUACUCCGCAUCCCCCUGGUGCGUCCCCCAGUCAUCAUCCUGAUAGCUAUCGCCAAUCUCCUUCUGCAUUCUCUGAUUCCUGUGUCCAGUCUCCUCAUACACCUCGUCCACAGCCAGGAGACUGUCCGUCUCCUUUGCUUCAGAGACUGCCAGGACCUCAAACAGAAUCUUAUCCAAAAGUGGCAUCUAGCCCUCAGUCACAAGGCAGUUCUCAGUCGCCUUUGACUCCAGGAGCUCUUUCUAAUGACGGACUUUCUGUCCAGUCACCAGUGACACCACGCUUUAAUUCUCCAGACCCUCACUCUCGACCACCUUCGAGGCCUCAGUCCAGAGAUGCUUUUACUUCAUUGCCCAAACCUCCUCGCCCAUCUUCAGCUGUCUCUGAGACUUCCUUUAGAGGCUCUCCUCAUUCUAGCCAGCAGCCUCCAUGCUCGCCGUCUGUAGGGGAUCCACUCUCGGGAAAACCCUCUGGACCACCUGGUUUUAGUCACAGCCCCAGUGCAGAUGCUCUUCAGAUCGGUCAGCAGCCAGGAAUGGGCCCUAAACAAGUGCUAACCCCUCAGCAAGCUCAGGCUCAACUCCAGCAAUCGUUCUUACCACAAACCACUGCUCCCGAUGUAAACACAAAAGCACUGCUGGCAUCUGGAAAUCAAGAAAUCAACGCUGUACGUCCCCCAGAUACAGUGCACAUACCAGUCCUGCCAGGCACUCAAGAGCUGCCAGACCUUUCGUCUGGACAGGACCAGUCUCUCAUAGGUCUUAGUCCAUCAGAGCUUGAAAAGCACAGACAGAAACAGAGACUUAGACAAUUUUUGAUCAGACAGAAAAUACAAAGGAAUUCACUUCGCCAGGAGAAAGAAGCUAGCACAGCCAGCAAUAACGCUUCAAACUGGCAAGAAGGUGAAAUGGCAGUUUAUCAACAAGACAAAACCCAGCGAGCGCCACCUCCAUAUCCACAGGACCGAGCCGCUGUUGCUCAGGUUGGCAUCCCAGGCAGGAUACCUCAGCCUAUGGGAGCAGUAGAUGAAAAGCUGUGUCGGCCUCCUCCUCCUGGAACACCUGGUAUCAUGGACCCUAACGUGAUAAGGCAACCUGGGCCUAAUAUCCCCCAGGGAAUGUAUCCUCAUCAGCCAUUUCCGGCUCAGUGGCAAGGUCAGACCGCCAACCCUCAGAGGUACCCGCAACCAGCAGUGAUGGAAAUUGGACCCAGCCACCACCUUAAUCCUGCUAUAAACAACCCUCUACGUAUGCAAGGGAUGCAAACCAUGACGAAUCCCCUUGCAGUGUCUCAGAGUGCCGGACCAGAGACGGUGCAGCACUGUGUGUCUGGACCACCACCACAGUUCAUAGAAUUGAAGCAUAAUGCCCAGAGGUUACCGCUUGUACCACAAUUUUUGCAAAGGGCUGCCCAGCCCAGACCUCGUCUAUUUAUACAACAGCAGCAAGUGAAUUCUACUUUCCUUCAGACGUCCUUGCAACCUUGUCUUAAUACUCGGGUGGAAAACGGGCAAGUUGCCAGGUUGCCGCAAGCCGGAUUGGGCGUUAUAAUGGCACAGCAAAGCAAUAUUCCUCCAACUCAGGGCCAGUUGCAGGCUCAGCAAAUGCCAGCUGCCCAUUUGAAUAUACCCCACGUUUCCCAGACGAACAUACAGCAACAGGCUUCUCGAAAUGUGCCUGUAAAUGCACAGCAGUCUGCAGAAGGUAACGUCAGCUUACCAGUGCCUGACCUCGACCCUUUUGCUGCCAAAGAAUUGAGUGAUACAGGGCCUGAAGCUGGAGUAGAGGAUGAUGACCUUGCACUUGACUUGGAUCCUGAUAAAGGCGACGAUGAUCUCGGAAACCUGGACAGCCUCGAAACAAACGAUCCCCAUCUGGAUGAUCUUCUCAACAGUGAUGAGUUUGACCUGCUUGCAUACACUGACCCUGAACUCGAUCUGGGUGACCCUAAGGAUGUGUUUUCUGAUCAGUUGCGUCUGGUUGAAGCGGAAGGUGAAGGUUCAGGUCUGUCUGGCCCUGCAAAUGUUAAGGUAGAAAAGAAAGCUACAGUUGGUGUCAUUGCUAAACACUCAACCAAAGCGCCCAUGCAGCAGCCUAUAAAGACUGAGGGCGCAGCAUCUAAUGUCUCCUCUCCCCUCAAGGCAGAGUUAUCAGACACCACUGAACUGUCUGCUGUCAAACUGGAAGAAAUGGGUAAGCCUGGCCAACAGCCGUCCGCGCCGACUGUAGUAAAAAGUGAGAUGGAUAAUUCUGUCUCCCUGAUUCUCAGCAGAACACCAUCCAAGAUCUCAACUCCUGAAAAUUCUUCUGCAUCACUAAGCACAGUACACUGUGGCGUGCCAUUUCCUCCUCCCGCUCAAGCGGAUCCUCUGCCUUUUUCUCCGGCUACACCACAUCCAGACUUACCUGAAGAUCCUCUAGGGCUGCCAGACGGUGGGGGUCAGCACUCGCCUGCAGUCGAUCUUGACAAAGUGGAAAGCUCACUGGAAUCGAGUGAACUGCCUUUAUUGAUUCAGGAUUUACUGGAGCAUGAAAAUAAAGAGCUUCAAAAACAGCAGCAACAGCAACAAUUAAGCGCUCUGCAGGGAGGAUUAGGCAGCCACCUUCAUAAUCUUCAGAAUCAACAACAACCUCCUCCUGCGGGACCAGGCCAGGUUUUGCUGCCCCAUCAUCGCCCCCCUCAGGGUCUCGUGGCUCAGCCUGCAAUGGUGAGGCCUCCUCACAUGAUAACACCGCAGCAGCAGAGGAUGCUCGGUGCGGCGAUGCCUCCGCCUCACGUGGCCAUGGCUCAGCAACAGAACAUGGUGCGAGCUGGACAGCCAGGUGGCAUUCACCCCGUUUUCGAUCCACAGCAGCAAGCGGCGCCGUCUCAACACCUGGCAAAGCAGCAAACUGUCCCUAGCAACUUCUUCCCUGAUAAAGAUCUGGAUAAAUAUAUGACGGAUGACAUCAUGGACCCAAUCGCCAAGGCAAAAAUGGUGGCACUGAAAGGAAUCAAAAGGGUGCUGACUCAAGACCCCAUGGGUGUGCCUCCUGGUAUCAAUAGGCAACAAGUAUCACUCUUGGCUCAGCGGCUUGCUCCAGCUCCAGGAGGUGCAGAGUCACAGCCCCUUCUUGGACCCGAAUCCUUAAAGGAUGGGGAGAGCAGUGACAAAGCCCAGCCGAGACCUAAUCCUCCUCAGUUCGUCCAAGGCAUCAUCAAUGAUGCUGAACAGCACCAAUAUGAAGAAUGGCUGGUGCACACCCAGCAGUUACUACAGAUGCAGCUAAAAUUCCUAGAGGAACAAAUAGGCACGCAUCGUAAGUCUCGCAAAGCGCUCUGUGCUAAGCAGCGCACUGCAAAGAAAGCAGGGCGGGAAUUUGCAGAAGCGGAUGCUGAAAAGCUGAAAUUGGUCACUGAAGAGCAAAGCAAGAUCCAGAAACAGCUUGACCAGGUACGCAAGCAACAGAAGGAGCACACCAAUCUGAUCGCUGAGUACAGAAGUAAGCAGCAGCAGCAUCAGCAAGGCUCCUCCAUGCUGGCACCUGGUCCCUCCAACCAGGGGCCCCACAUGCAUUCUAAGAUGCCUGGACAGAUGAUGAUGGGCCAGCAAGUGGGAGCAAUGAUUGGUCAAGUACCUGGGGGCAUUCCUCAAGCUGGAAUGCCUGUUAGAAUGCCACAAGUUCAUCCAUUCAAUGCUGUUCAGCCUCCUCAUUCCGGGGCUCCUGGCGCUGUACCACCCAGUCCACCCGGUCCACCCGGUGGAUUCUAUCAGGGAACCGCGGCACAAGGUCCAGACCCAAGAUUCCUUCAGGAAAGACAGUUACAACAAAAAAUGCAGAUGAUUCAAAAACUCCAGCAGCAGCAGCAGCAGCAGCAGUUCAUGAUGGGCCAGCAGCCUGGAUCACAUCCUAAUCAACAGCCAGGUGUUUUGGGUCAGCAGACAGGGCCUAUGGCUGGUCAGCCACCCCAAGCUAUGAUGAGCAACACAUUAAUGGGACAACAGCAACCAAAUCUGCAACAAGGAUUGAUAUCUAAUCAGAAACAUCAACACGGGUCAUUACAGGUUCCUCAAGGUAUGAUGGGGACUCAGGCAGGUGGUCAGGCACAGCCGAAUGCCAUGGCUCAGCCAGUGGCUCAGAAUCAAAAUGUGAUUCCAGGUCAGCAAGUCAUGCCUGGGCAUCACUCUGUCCAGCAGCUGCAGAGACCUCAGGGUUUAAUGAGCCAACAAGUACCCAGCGAUCCACAGCAUGUUCUUAGAGGCCCUCAAGUCCAGCUUACCCCUCAGCAGCAGAGUCUUCUGGCGCAGCGUAUGCUUCUUUCUCAGCAGCAACAGAAUGCAGCGAAGAAUCUCGCCCAACUCCAACAACAGCAGAUAACACAAAGGCAGCCACCUCAAGCGGGCUCCUCAGAAACACAAGGCAUGCUGGGAACACCUCCAUCAAGCAGUAUUCAAGGAAAUGUUGAGAAUCUGCAGCCGCGUGUACAAGGCCUCUCUCAGGAGGUUCAAAGCCCUGCUCCUAAAGAUGGAAUCCUCAGCCCUAAAACCCCACCACAGCAAGGUCUCUCAACUCCAGUGCACAUGAUGCAACAAGGGCUAAGUGGAGAUAUGCAAGGAACAGCUGGACAACAAAAACCAACCGUUCCUUAUAUGGCUCCACAGCAAGCAACACAGCAGCAACCAGGACAGAAUACUGGCUCAGUACAGCAACAUAAUUAUGUGAACAACCAGCAGACUGGAAUACAACCUCAAGAACAACAAAUGCAACUCGCUCUUCAGAGACAAAACUCUUUUAAUAUUGAUAAUGUGAAACAGGAGGGUCAGCAGAUGUGCCUCGUUGCCCAACAGCAACAGCAAGGUGGCCAACAUGUUACACAGCAACUGCAAGGUGUGCUGGGACAGCAGAAUGGCCAGAAUCAGACUGUUAUAGCAGGAAAUCCAAAUCAGCAGCAAGAUAUAUUGGCCCAAAAACAAGCCUUGCUUGAGCAGAUGAACAGAAAUCAGCAAAUGAUGGCUCAGAGGCCAAGUGCUCCUCCUGGACAAAUACGGCCUUCAAUAAACAUUCAAGCCUUAAUUGCACAGAACCCUCAGCUGCGUAAUCUACCUCCUAACCAGCAGUUGCAGCAAAUUCAAGCAAUAAUUGCUCAGCGGCAGGCUCAGCAACAGGGUCAGAUGCUAAGAAUGCAGGGGCAGCCCCAGAUGCGCCUUCAGGGCCCUCAAGGGCAGCCCGUUGGUAUCAGAAUGCCACAAAGUCUCGACGGGCAGCAGCAACACCCUUGUGUGUUUCCUGUUAAACAAGGCCCAGCUGGAGCUGCACCGCAGCAAGGAACGAUGGGUCAGCCUUCUGUCAUGGCUUCCCAGUACCCUCAGCAGGCCCCACAAGGUGUCUCACCACAGUUUAGCGCAAACGCUCAGCAACAACAGCAAAUGAUGCAACAACAGCAUCAAAUGAUAAGAAGCCAGGUGCCUUUGACAAGACCAAUGAUGCCACAGGUUCGCCCAACACCUCUUGGCCAGUUGGCCAUGUCCCCUCGUCAGUUUAUGGGCCAGGGUUCACCUGGUAGCCCUCAAGCUGGUCAGCAAAGACCACUAAUGGGCAUGCGCCAAACUCCACCAGGCCAGCAGCCUCUUGGUGUGAGAGCACUUAGCCCCUAUCAGGCCUCUCCUUCUCAUGUCAGUUCUCCCGCUAGUUCUUCUGGUCUUGAACCUGGCUCAAGUCCUGCACCUUUUCCUAAAAAUGAAUUUGGUGCUCCUGGAUUUUCUACCAGCUUGUCACCUGCGUCUAGGUCAGACUGUUCCGCUGGGAAAAGUAGUCCAUUUAGUAAUACUGGAGCAAUAACAAUGUCACCGUUACGAUCACCUGUAGCUAAGACUCAACAAGAUUUAUUAAGCCUCAAAUCCGAGUAUCACAGCCCAGGUGCACGAAAGCCAAUAACCGCUGUUCCACUUAAUGGCCCAUCGCCCAAGUCAACACCAAGCCUGUCCCAGUCAUCAGUUCCGGCAGCGGUGGUCAUGGGUGAAGUUCCUCAUUCAACCCCAGUGUUUAAUGAAGCAGUCCUGUGCAAAAACACACUGCAAAACAUAAAGCAGGAACCACCCGAGUUUAACUGUGACUCGGGUGGUAAUGAGGAGGCUCCUACAGUCAUAAAGCGAGAAAUUACAGGUGAGGCACUCUGUGCUGGUCAUAUCUCAGGCCCUGGAAAUCCACCAGGUGACUCUGCAGCCCAGAUUUCUAGAACUGAGACCGGUCAACAGCUUUUACAGAAACUCCUUCGGACCAAGAAUCUUCAGUUGGCAUCACAGAGGCCGUCUGAGGGUCUUCACAAUGAAAUAAAUGGUCAUAUUAACAGUAAGCUGGCUAUGUUGGAGCAAAAGCUUCAGGAGACACCACGCAACAUGGAGGAUCUACAAUCACUAACUCAAAAAGCUGCACCCGUGACAAAAGCCAAGCGGACUACAAAGACCAUAGAGCAUGGCUCGAAUGCUCGAAAGAAGACUAAAAAAGACGAGGUUGGAAAAACAGAAGCAAUAAUGAAGCAGAUCAAACAGGGACUGUCACUUCUUCCACUGAUGGAACCUUCUAUCACUGCUAGUCUGGAUUUGUUUGCUCCUUUUGGGAGCGGCUCAGCUAACGGCAAAACUCAGUUAAAGGGCUCUUUCGGAAAUGCUGUUAUAGACAAUAUUCCAGACUACUAUUCAACGCUUCUUACCAAGAAUCACCUCAGCAACCCUCCGACGCCUCCCUCAUCUCUUCCUCCGACUCCACCUCCUUCGGUUCAGCACAAGAUUUUAAAUGGAGUGACUGUAGUGGAGGAACUGGCAGAAGGUCAGAAAGAAAGAGCGACCUCAGAGGACACCACUGACUCCGUUCCUGAGGAAGUAAAGAGCGUAGACAUACUAGCAGCGCUCCCCACUCCACCACAUAAUCAGAAUGAAGACGUCAGAAUGGAAAGUGAUGAUGAAAGUGACGUUCCAGACAACAUAGUGCCUGCAUCGUCUCCUGAGAGCCAGAUGGGGGACGAUUCCUCACGUUUUCCUCAUCUUCUAGAACCCAAAGAGGAGGAAGAGGAGAGGGCCAUUUCUCCUGUUAUUCCUUUAAUUCCUCGCUCUGCUAUUCCAACUUUCCCAGAUACUAAAGCUCCCGAGGCAGCAGAAGGAAAAGCUGCAUUUUCUUCCACUUCAUGGGACAAAGCAAAGAGCAACGAAGUAUCUGUUACCUUCACCCUCUCAGCAGCUGCAGCCAAGAAUCUAAACUCAGUGAUGGUAGCCGUUGCUCAACUGCUGCAUGUGCGCAUGCCAGGGUCCUACGAAGUGACUUUUCCCCAGAGUCCUGGAAGGGCAGGUGCUGUUGGCUCUGGGAAAACACCUGACACCUCCAACCCAGGUGCUGUGUUAGUAAAGACCGAUCAGUCCUCAAGUCAAGAUGCAGAAUGGCUUCGGCAGUUUGAUGUCACCCUACCAGGCUGUACGCUAAAGAAACAGGUCGACAUUUUGUCCCUCAUUAAGCAGGAAAACCCAGAACAUGAAGAGCGUCCACCUCAGCACAGCUACAUGACCAACGUGUCAGACCUCGAUGUACGUCAUCUUCCCGUUAUUCCUGUUGAAGCUUCCCCACCACCUUCCCCACCUCCUCCACCACCAGCACCAUCAUCAUCAUCAUCAUGCAGUGCAGAAUUGAAGGGAGUUCCUCAGCCUGAACCUGGUUCUCAUCCAGAACCAGAACCUGAACCACCCGCUCAGCCAAAGUCACCCAGUUUUUCUACCCCUAUAAAAACAGAGCCUCCAGAACCUAUGGCGAUUGAAUCUCAGAGCUCUCCGGUAAAGACUGAACCUGAAGAGCCUUCAUUACCCCCUCAUGCUGCUCCAUCUGAGGACAUGGCGGCUACUUCUGCUCUGCCCCCUGCGUCAGAAUCUCAAGAUAUGGCAACAGUGGAUAUCUCUCCUAAACUCAUUAAACAGCGCAGCAGACCCUUCAUAGAGGAAGACGAGACGCGGCCCAAAAUCAAAAAGUGGAAAGGUGUGCGUUGGAAGCGCCUUCAUUUGGUCAUCACCAUUCGGAAAGGCGGCUCCAAGAAGGAGAACAGCCGGGAGGUGGCCGAGCUAAUGGAGCAGCUCCGCAUCACACUCAGACCGGACAGGCUGCCACGGGACAAGCGCAAAUGUUGCUUUUGCCACGAGGAAGGCGACGGUCCGACCGACGGUCCGGCUCGUCUUCUUAACAUUGACGUAGAUCUGUGGGUGCAUCUGAACUGCGCCCUGUGGUCCACCGAGGUCUAUGAGACGCAGGGUGGCGCGCUCAUUAACGUGGAAGUGGCCCUUCGACGCGGACUACGCACCCGUUGCGCCGGCUGCCAGAAGACCGGCGCUACCAACAGCUGCAAUCGUCUGCGCUGCCCCAACGUGUACCACUUUGCCUGUGCCAUCCGGGCACGCUGCAUGUUCUUCAAAGACAAAACGAUGCUCUGCACUGUGCACAAGCUGAAAGGUCCGACCGAGGAGGAGCUCAGCAGCUUCACCGUCUUCCGGCGUGUUUAUAUCGAGCGAGAUGAAGUGAAGCAGAUUGCCAGCAUCCUGCAGCGCGGUGAUCGUGUGCACCUCUUUCGGGUCGGUGGGCUCAUCUUUCACGUCGUGGGUCAGCUCCUGCCCAGUCAGAUGGCUGCCUUCCACUCGCCCACUGCCAUCUUUCCUGUGGGUUAUGAGGCCACACGGAUCUACUGGAGCACCCGCGUACCAAACAGGCGUUGCCGCUACCGCUGCCGCAUCGGUGAGCAGGAGGGCAAACCUUUGUUUGAAGUGCGUGUGCUGGAGCAAGGGCAGGAAGACCUGCACUUCCGAGACAGUAGUCCAGACGCGAUCUGGAACAACAUUGUGCAGAAAGUCGCCAACCUGCGCCAGGAAACAGCCAUGCUGAAGCUCUUCACUGAUCAAGUAAAGGGAGAGGAGAUGUACGGACUCACUAUUCAUGCUGUGUUGCGGAUCACAGAGUCGCUUCCAGGCGUGGAGAACUGUCAGGACUACACGUUCAGAUAUGGCCGCCAUCCUCUUAUGGAGCUUCCUCUCAUGAUUAAUCCCACUGGUUGUGCACGCUCUGAGCCCAAGGUUCUUACACACUGCAAACGGCCUCAUACGCUGAAUAGCACAAGUGUGUCUAAAGCCUAUCAGAGCACGUUCACUGGGGAAAUCAACACGCCCUACAGCAAGCAGUUCGUUCACUCCAAAUCCUCGCAGUACCGCCGGCUGAAGACCGAGUGGAAGAAUAACGUGUACCUGGCUCGUUCCCGUAUCCAGGGACUGGGCCUGUACGCAGCUAAAGACCUGGAGAAACACACCAUGGUCAUAGAGUACAUCGGUACCAUCAUUCGGAACGAGGUGGCAAAUCGACGGGAAAAAAUCUAUGAGGAGCAGAAUCGUGGUAUCUACAUGUUCCGCAUCAAUAACGAGCAUGUAAUAGAUGCCACCCUCACCGGCGGCCCUGCCCGCUACGUGAAUCAUUCUUGUGCACCCAACUGCGUCGCCGAAGUUGUGACAUUUGAUAAAGAAGACAAGAUCAUCAUCAUUUCCAGUCGCAGGAUCCCCAAGGGCGAGGAGCUGACGUACGACUAUCAGUUCGACUUCGAGGACGAUCAGCACAAGAUCCCCUGCCAUUGUGGAGCCUGGAAUUGCCGAAAGUGGAUGAACUAACGGGGAGAGAGAGGAUGAUGCCUUUGCUCCCUGGUGCCAGAUCAGUUCUGCGCCAAAGUCUGUUUAAACCAGAUUAUAAGCUGUUUAGAAAAAGAAAAUAAAUAAAAAAAACGUCUCUUUCAGCUUCACAUCAGGAGCCAAAGCUUUGAAGAGAAAUAUUUGAAGCCACAUUUUUGAAGCCACAUGUUUAAACGAGCUCGCGUGUGCGCUCCGACGUUGUUGAAACUCUGCACCUGCCAAAAGCACCUCCGUAAUACUUCCUGUACUGUUUUCCUCCAAUAAGCUGGCUGCAAUCAAUCCUCUACAUUUACCAAAACGUCUGAUUCUGAAUCAUAUCACGUAUCUACACUUAGGGGUAGCACUCAGUGAAACGUUUGAUUAAAGCCAUUUAAGUACUCAAACUGAACUAAUCCACUUUAUUCUUGGACCUACCUGGAUUUUUGUUUUUGCUUUGUUUUGUUUUCGUUUCCCAUCACCUUUCUCGUCACGCCAGAACUUUUCUCUCCCAUCGUGUCCAUCACAGAAGAUCGACAAAAUGGAUAUUGGCAAGACAAUCCUGGAGUGGCUCCAAUCCGAACUGUAUCUACGACGAUCGAGAUGUAAAAUAAUAUAAAGGAAAUAAUACUAUUUGACCUGUGGCUCAAAGGCACCAGAUGUUUAUUAUAUUGAGUUUCAAGGUGGGUUUGGUUGACCCGGUCUACCUCAUUGAGUGUGUAAGAAGCGACUGCUUUGUAUUAAACUGUUAAGUGCUACUGUGGAAAGGCUAAACGAGCGAUGUUCUCAUGACAGUUGCCUUCUUGGUUGAGCAGGGAAACGUAAGCAGCUGGUUUGCUCCUCUGUUUUUUUGCUUGUUUGCAGUAGUAAGCCAUUCAUCUAUACACUCACGGAGCUUCUGUCACAGAUUUUGACAUGAUCAUGCAUUAUUCAGAGCAAUCACAGACCAAAUGGGGGUCCUGCUUUAUUGGGACGCCUGUUGAAUGACGACUGUAGUUCUCAUGUAGCCAUUUUCCUUUUGUCUGCCUUUAGAAAUCAUGCUUCUUGUAGUUGUUUCCUUUUUUUUAAGCGCACAACCAAAUCCACUGAGCGAAAACAGAAACCAGGUUUUAGCAUAAACCUUGAAGUGAAGUAGAAUCAUGGAAGCUGUUUGUUUUUCCCUCAUUACUUUAUUUUUGGUUGCGUUUUCUUUGUUUCAUGUUCCUGUUCCAUGUCCCUCAGCUAAAUGAUUUACGCUCGGACUCCUCACUAAUAAACGGUAACUUAUGAUGUAAGACUACUAUCACUCUUAACUUGUUUUCCACGGCAUGAUCAUUUUCCUCGCGCGUCUCAGAUCUCCAUCUCAUCACUUCAACCCGAAGUCUCUUCCUAAUAGUUAGCGGACUGUUGUGAACUUACUGUAGUGAGCUUUUCUCCACCUGACCGCUCUCAGGCUCUGUCCCUGCGUGCGGUGAGAGAACUGUUAGAAAAAGUUCAAAAGGGCAUUUGUUCAUAUAAGUUUCAAAAUAUUUGCAAAGUAUCUUAAAAGAAAGGAAGCGGAACAAAGCCUAGACGAAACCGCUAUCGAUUUGUUCCUUCCUCCCCAGAUGUAUGACCUCAGUAUAUUAAUGCAACUUGUACAAACUGUAUAUAACGGGUCGAAAGCUCUUUAUCACACCCCUUUUUAAUGAAUACGUUCAAAAAUUCUACAGAAAUAAAAUUGAUUAAAAAAGAAAAACCACUGGAUUUCAUUUUAUCAGAAAGAUUAAAAGUGUAAAUAACUAUAAAUAUAUGUACAAUGAAAAAAACAAAUAUCUUUAUGUAUAUGAAUCAGAGUGUUUUUUUGCAGUACAUGUUUUUUCUAUUAGCGUUUUUGCUAUAAGACCAUAUACAAAUACGAGGCGGUUUCAUGUGUUCACCAGGAAUAAGAAUGAGUGGUUGAUGUGAAUGAGAAAUUCAUGUUAAAACAGUCCUGAUUUUCCUUAAUCAUGCAAAUAGAUCAUUUUAUUUCUGGAGAACGAGCUAGAAUGGUGCAUAACGUUUGUGUAUUUAUAUAACAAUGUUCACAUAUAUUUCUUCUAUUAUUAUUUAUGCUACUACUUGUGAAACACCCGAACACCGAACCCUGUCCGUAAAUUGGUUUCCAGUGACCAUGAAUAGAUUUCUUUUUUUAUUGGUUGAGAUGAUACUGUAUGGAAAUGGUUGGUGUUGUUUUCUCCCCCUGUAGAAGUGAAUGUGUUUCGAUGUGAAAUGACUGUAGUGUGUGUGUGGUUAAUAAUAUUCAGUCUUUUUUUUUUUCCUUUACCGACCUGAUAUCACUGAAGUGAUCGUGCUUAGCAUUACUGGCCUGAAGACGAGUUAAAAACGAUUAGCAGAGCUGGUGAACUUGAUCUUUUUGCGUGUAUUUUGUCAAAGAAGUUUAUUACAGAAAGUUAAAGCGGACGCUCACUGGAUUUUAGAUCGACUUCCACCAUCUGCUCGGUUAUCUUCUAAUUUAAGCUCUUUGCUCUUUAAUUCAGAUAGAUUGCUGAUUUGUUUUUUUUUUACCCAACAUACUUUUUAAAGAAAAAGAUGCUGCAUCUGUAUAGCCAAGCUACUCUGAGGGAGGUAAAUGAACAUUUUUUCGUAUGUGGCAUGUUUUGUAUGGAUAUAAUUUUAAAUUGUACAUAUUUUUGAUGACACCAGAGGUUGCAUCACUUUAUAUACAGCUUCUUCCUUCCCUUUCCCUCUACUGUUUCUUUGUCUCUGCUUAAUUUCUUGUAAAGAAAAAUAAAAUACAUUUUAAAUA